CCUCCACCGCAACAAGGAAAAGCCGAGCUCGCCUCGCACCUCUCUCUCUCUCUCUCUCGCCGCCGCCGUCGCCGUCGCGAUGGGCGACUACGGCCACGGCGGGCCGAUGCGGGGGCCGAACCAGGACUCGCGCCCCAAGGGGGGUCAGCGCCCCAACAUCCAGCAGCUCAAACUCAUGGGGCAGAUCCACCCGACGGGGCUCACACCAAACCUGCUCAAGCUCUUCGAGCCGCGCCCGCCGCUCGAGUACAAGCCACCGCUCGAGAAGCGCAAGUUGCCAGCCUACACCGGGAUGGCGCAGUUCGUGUCGCACUUCGCCGAGCCUGGGGAUCCUGAGUACGCCCCGCCGGUGCCCAAGUGCGAGACAAGGGAUGAAAAGAAGGCUAGGAUCCGCAUGAAUAAGCUGGAGCAAGGUGCAGCUAUGGUUGCUGAAGAACUUCAGAAAUAUGACCCACAAAGUGACCCGAAUGCCACCGGAGACCCUUACAAAACACUCUUUGUUGCAAGACUUAAUUAUGAGACGCCCGAGCAUAGGAUUAAACGGGAGUUUGAAGCUUAUGGGCCUGUUAAAAGGGUGCGGCUUGUAACUGACAAGGAUACAAAUAAACCUAGAGGAUAUGCAUUCAUCGAAUAUAUGCACACUCGGGACAUGAAAAAUGCUUACAAGCAGGCAGAUGGGAAAAAAGUGGAUGGUAAGAGGGUAAUAGUUGAUGUGGAGCGUGGUAGAACUGUUCCAAAUUGGCGUCCCAGGAGAUUGGGUGGUGGUCUUGGAUCAAGCAGGAUUGGUGGUGAGAACGCUGACAAGAAGGAUUCUGCUAGGGAGCAACAGCCUGCUGGGCGCCCUAGAUCAGAGGAGCCUAGGAGGGAUGAUCGUCGUGCAGAUAGGGAUCGGGAGAAGUCUCGUGAAAAGGUACGGGAAAGAGAUCGUGAUGAGAGGACACGUGAACGCUCACAUGACCGGACUCGUGAUCGUGAUUCAAGAGAAGAGAAGCACCACCAUAGAGACCGUGAGAGGACUCGGGACAGGGAGCGAGGGAAGGACCGGGAAAGAGACCAUGGGCGUGACCGUGAUCGUGAUCGCCGUGACAGAGAUAGGGACAGGGAUCGUGGUCGGGACAAUGAUAGAGAAAAGGACCGUGAUCGCCAUCGUGAGAGGGGCAGGGACCGUGACAGAGAUUAUGAGCGUGCCAGUCGUGAACGGGACCGUGGUCACUUGCAUGACAAGGAUGCCGACUAUGGCAGUGGUGUGCCAAAACAUGACAAAAAUCUGUCCAACUAUGGGCAGGAUUAUGAUUAUAGCCAGUAUGAGCAACACAAAGGUCAUGAGGCCUAUGGUUAUGGCCAAGAUGGACGCGGCCGUGAAACUGAGCACUCAAAGCGGCAUGAGCAUGAGUACUAUCGUGUUGACUCGUUAGGGAAGAUGGAAGCCAAUUAUCAGGUGCAACCUAGCAAUGCUGAACCUGAGGGCCCUGAGGAAGGUGAGGCAUAUGAGGAGGGCGACUACCAGUAUCACCGAGCAGGUGACCACAUGAAUGAUUCUUGAACGUGGCGCUCAUUAGGGCUUGUUUGUGAUGCUCUUUGAUGUUGGCCAAAGGAAGCAGAAGCAUCUUUACCUGUUGGAUAUGGGUGGAAUAUGGAUAUGUGAUGACUCUGUCUGUUUUUUUCCCCGGAAUAGUAUGUUUGUGUAACAUGAUUGUAAGGAGAGCAGUACGGUUGCCCUCGCCUUGCAUUCUCUGCUGGAAGUUUUAUAUGACAAAUGCUUAAAACAGACGAUUCCUUGCAUCGAUAGCAAAUAGAGUACACAUUUCGGCGUCCUAGCGUCGUUAUUCAUU